UUUUUUUUCAGUAGAAGUAGAGAUACUGAGUCAUAUUCUCCUUAUCCAGCUACAGCCGAGUUUUAUUACGAGCUUAGGCCAUUUUCUCGGAAUAGGUAAAUAGUAUUAUAUUUUUGAAAGGCUGCAUUAAAUUUCUCAACUGCUCUGAAUCAAAGCUUAUUGAAGUAAUUCAAACGAAUAAUGAUCAUGCGAUUGUGUAGGAAUAUAUCAUUCCGGUAUAGAGAUUGGAGAUAAUGAAUAUUGCUUUGGUGGACAUGAUUAUGAGGAUGUUACAGGUGUUUUUAUUGUGCAACCGAGAACCGGUCCUCAAGGACUCACUUUCAAACAGUCGAUCAAUAUGGGCUUCAGCAAUCUAUCACAGAAUCAAAUCGAAAAAAUUUUGUACGAUAUAUCUCGAGAAUAUGUCGGCACUUCUUAUAAACUGUUGACAAGAAAUUGCAAUCAUUUCUCAGAAGAUUUAUGUAAAAGACUAACGGGAAAGUCGUCUCCCCGUUGGAUUAAUCGUGCAGCGAAACUUGGCACCAUGUUUCCCUGUGUCAUACCCACAGAAUGGGUCGAUCCGCCUGAUGCCGUUAGCGCUGUCGCGCCUUCAGAUACAGCGGGAUCACCAUCAUCCUUAUCUUACUCAUCCAGUACUCCUCUGCACACGCCAAAAUCAAAACGAGCAAAAUUAAAGAAAUCAAAAACUUCUACGACUGUUGCCCCAACUACCUCUACAGCAACAAGAUCAGCUGCCACUACAGAUGCAACUGCUAUUAGCACGUUUGAUAAUCAAACCGAGAAAAUAUCUACCGGUGAAAGGGCCACAAACAUCACCUCUACUGAGGAAAAGCCAAACGAUAACAAAACUACAAAUUCUCUUAAUAACAAAAAGAGCAAUAGUUCACUUGAUACCUACAUUAAAAGGUUUUCGAUAUCAUCGUCUCGUCGACCUUCCGGCACCGAAAGCAUUCGAAUUGCUCGAACAAUUAUUAUAGAAAAUGAUGAGCCUGAUAGUUCUACUCCAGUCAAAGAGCCAGAUACCCAUAGAUCAGAUGUCAUUCGAUCAGCAACUCAAUUGUCUAUUACUGCACCUAUUGACUGGUAAUUUACUUUUUUUUAGAGUUACAUUAUGGUUUAACGCACACCUUUCCUCCCCCUUUUUUUUUUCUCUAUACUAUACAACAACAAAUUAUACAUUGUAUUCCCUUCUAAAAUAUCCAAUCGUUAUUACCCUUAUCAUUACUAACAUCACUACCAAUCCAAUGUAAAAACUCAAUAUUUUAUGUUUAUAUCCUUCUUUCUAAUAAUACUAGUACUCAGCUACCACAGUUGUAGAUACAAAUAUUGUAUAAAGUAAUCUGCUGCAUCGAUGCACAAACUCAAAUGAUGA